GCCAACGCGGACGAUCCCAAAAAGGUCAGCUUGAUGCGCUGCGCCAGGAUCGGACAAGGGCGUGCACGCCGCCGGCAACGUGCUCAUCCUCAGAAGCUCAUUGACGGAGACGACCACGUCGUGAAAGAGGAAAUCAACGAGAACCAUCCCGCCCCAGAUUCGCGUGUGCAAGGGCAUUCAAAGGAACGAACAAAGGCUUCAUGCUACCAGUCGUGCGAUUCGAGGGUGGUACGAGUAUCUGCUGCCGAGCUAUUCGCUGCUCCGCCGCACCCGGACAGUUAUCUGGGCAAGAAGAUUGCCGGAGCCCGGGAAACAUCGGCUCCCGAGGUCUCCCGGCGCCGUCCCCGAAUCGGCCGCGAAGCGAACAAGGCGCUGCGGGCGAUGCCCCAAGAUAACACGGGUUUCGCGCAGCGCGAGCUGGGCGAUCGACUUGCCCUCCACGCGACAUCAAGCUCGCCUAUGUCGCCGCGAAGUGCCGCUACCACAUCUCCCCGGCUCACCUCCAGCGUCUGCAAUCCGCCUCGACGCCUACCCCGGCACACGCACAACUUCCACAACUACACGGUGCAAAGUCGUUCAAGGACCCGUCCUCCAAGCGCCUCAUCAAGUCCUUUUCGCCAACCCGAUCCCAUCAUCAUCGGAGAGACGGAGUGGCUUUCCCUCAAGGUCCACGGCCAGUCGUUCAUGAUGCACCAGAUCCGCAAGAUGGUGGGGCUCGCGACCCUCGUCACGCGUUUUUAA